GACAGCAUGGCACCCGUGGCUCGGCUGCCGGAGCGCGGGCUGCUGCGGGCGCUGCGCGGCUCGGUGCUUCCUGGGGCGGGAGGCUCCGGCUCCGCGGGCUGCCGCUGCCCGCUCGGAGCUAAAAGAUACCUACUUACGGAUAAUACUGUGAAGUUAAAAGAAUUUCAGCAUAAGAAGGUGGCUAUUGCGUCUCAUCUUCCUGGAACCAAAGCAACCUAUCUGAGAAAUGUGGAAGAGAAACUGACUCAUAACAAGCUCAUCUUGAGGGAGGAGUUGAGAACCUUGCUUCAUUUAUGUGAUUCCCGGGAUGAUAUGGAACUGGCUAAAAAAGCCAUCUACAGGUACCAUGCAGAGAACAGAAAUGUCACUUUCGGAGACUAUAAAUUUGGACCACUUUUCAUGAGGUUGUGCUAUGAGUUGGAUCUUGAGGAAUCUGCACUGGAACUCAUCAAAGACCAGCAUUUACGGGGUUUCUUCUCUGACUCCACAUCAUUCAAUAUUUUGAUGGAUAUGUUGUUUAUCAAAGGCAGAUAUUCAAGUGCAUUGGAAGUACUGAUAGAGAUGAAAAACCAAGAUGUGAAGUUCAACAAAGAUACCUAUGUCCUUGCUUUUGCUAUUUGCUACAAACUGAAUAGCCCUGAAUCUUUGAAAAUCUGUUCUAUGUUAAGAGAAGAAGCCCUGAUCAAAGGAGAAGUCCUCUCCAGGAGAGCAUCUUGCUUUGCUGUGGCAUUAGCUCUCAAUCAGAACCAAGUGGCAAAAGCUACGUCCAUUUUUUCUCAAAUCAUGAAGCCAGAAAGUGUACUCUGUGCUAAUUUAAAGAUUUUGAUUCAUAUCAAGGCAAAUAUGUUGAAAGCCCUGAUACAGAUACUAAAGGAUGCUACAGAAGGAAAUUUAUCAAAAUUUGUGAAAAGACCAGAGUUCUCAGAAGAAGUGCUGGCCAAAGCGAGGGAAAAAGUGAAGGAUGUGCCUGCCCUUCUAGCCAGAUUUGAUGAGAUCUAUGAGAAACUGCAGAUAAGUGGCCAGAUCACCACUUACACUUUGGAUACCCUGCUGUGCCACACCCCGGGGGACAGGAAAUCCCACAUGAUACUGUUAAACAAGAGGACGGUCAGCCAUCGGACCUGCCAGCCACUCAACCAGUCCCUGUGGGCUGAGUAACCCUAGGUUCAGCCCACUCACGGGUCUGAGCUGGAAUAGGCCUGCUUCUAGUGAGUUGAUAGCUUCCUCAGAAAUCAGGCAUUGUCCUCCAGUGGAUGGUGUACUAACAGACACUUGGUCUCGUUAAAUUUCUGAGUUCAUUGAGAAUCAGCAUGCUGACUGGAGAAAUCAAUGGUGUACCGCUGUGAAGAUCUAAAUACAAUCACACAGAGAGCUCCGCUCCCUCAGGAAGGACUCUUUCCCUGUGUCCGCUUCUGAGGAUCCGUGAAGGAACAUGGCUGUGGUCUCCAGUCCAGCUCCUGGUGCCAGAGUAGAACCCAAUAAGCACCCGUGGGAAGGAAUUCACCCUACGUGGUCAACUCCAGAAUUUUCAGGGGAGUAAUCACUUGCAGAAUUUAGGAGAUCUAAAACUUAUUAUGCUACACUGGGCGGUAGCCCAGGAUCUUCUCACUCCUUCUGUCAUCGUUUAUCUGUGACCCUAAAUAAGAUGCUUGUGAACCUGCAUCCUGACUUGAAAUUGUCAUUUAAAGUUCAGUAGGGUCUAAUUUUCUCAAAAAUGAGAGAAAUAAAAGGUUCCUGAGGAAAUAUCUUGAGGUCCUGUUUUGUUCUCUCGUCAGCACAAACCAACCCCAGAAUAUAGCUCUCAGAACUGAUAAGUAAACUGAAAUUUUAAUGGUCACCGCUGUGGUCAUGGGCAGGCCAUGUACUUUUCAAAAUAAAUGCCAAUAA